GAGAUGAAGCAGGAGCUGGCGGAGGAAGGCAGCAGAUGCUCCAUCCUCUCCAAGCAGCACCGUUUCAACGAGCACUGCUGCAUCCGCUGCUGUGCGCCCUUCACCUUCCUGAUCAACCCCAAGCGCCAGUGCCUGGACUGCCAGUACAACGUCUGCAAGACCUGCUGCACCUACAACAAGAGGGACAAAGCGUGGCUCUGCUGUGCAUGCCAGAAGGGCAGGGUUCUGAGAACACAGUCCCUGGAAUGGUACUACAACAACGUGAAGAGUCGGUUCAAGAGGUUCGGCAGCGCCAAGGUUUUGAAGACUCUGUAUAGAAAGCACAUUAUCGAGAGAGGGGCGCUCUCUGAUCUCCCAGAAAGCAGUGUUCACGACGGAAGCAACGACAACGAUGGCAGCAUCUGCGGCAGUGACUCCGCCUUCUACAAACAGAGUGAAGGACACAGUAUGGCCGAGACGCUCACAGUCGCCCUGCGUGUCGCUGAGGAGGCUAUAGAAGAGGCCAUCGCUAAGGCGGAGGAGUUCGGUGACAGCUUGGAGAAGCAGAAUGAGGCUCGAUAUCUGCGGGACCACAGAGAGGAGCUCAUAGAGGAACUCGCUACAACCAUUGUGCAAAAAAUCAUUCAGAGGAGGAAGCAUUCAGAGAUGCAGACAGAGUACGACUUUGUCUGGCCUCAGCCUCUGAUCCAAUCCAGUGACCUGCCCUCUCCGUCUCAACCUCACACCUCUUCCCAAGGACCACAGGACCCCCUCAAAUCCUCCAACUCUCUCUGGAGGUCGCGGUCAGCGUUUUCCCUCACCAGUGACGACUCCCCAGAGAAGGGCCCAGAGGAGGAGGGAGCCGGGGCAGGAGGUGACUUGCACGAGUACGCGUCUCUGAAGCGGGAGGCCAAGGCCACGUCCCUACCGAGCUGGAAGAGCGUCGAUCGCCUGGACAACUCCAGUGCAUCUUCAGUGCUCCAGAGCCCAGACGGGAACUGGAUCGCCCUGCACAGUUCUCAGCUGUCUCGGCCCAGCCUGCUGACCAAGAGGAAGAGCCUGGUGUUCAGCGUGUUGGAGAAGGAGUCCGGCGUCGUCUCGGCGUACGAUGGGAUGGGCUCAGACUCCGAGGAGGACAACGACGGCGGCUGGGGCGCGGCUCUGAGACAGUUCAGACGCAAGUUGUCCGACGAGACUUACUACACGGACUCGCAGCACGACCCGGAGUGGACGUACACCCAGCACCUUCCCGUCACGUCGCCGUCCUCCGGCCAGUACACCAACACAGAGACCCUCAACUCGGACUCGGAGGCUUCGUCUGUGCUGUCCGCGUGUCCUCGUAAACCACCUCAUAACUUGUUGAGGAAGAGAGGACCGGCGGACACACACCUGCACCCUCACCACCAGCCCCUGUACCACCAACACCUGCACCAGAACUUCUCUCCGUACCCUCUGCACUCAGAGGCACUGGAUGUGAACUUCAACCCCACGGUGAUGGGAGACAGCAGCGAGGCCGAGGAGCGGCAGGUCGACCCGGUCAGAAGGUCACGACGACGACGGAAAAGCAAGAGGGAGUCUUCAACGGAGCAGAGCAAACCUGGAGGCCAGAGCCACGCUCAGUCCAUCUACCCCUUAGUACAGGAGAACAGUGGUUUCCUGCUCAACGCCCUGCUGAAGAGGGGUAUGAGUGAGGAGCAGCAAGCACCAGACAAUAUGUCUACAGCCCCGGCUGCACUGGACGCCUUCAGACUGGAUGCCAUGACGCCAGAGCCCGAGGACUUGGACACAGUGGCCCCAAAUUCCGCGGCCCUGAGUCCCCCACAGCCCCACUCUCUAUCUCCAGGGUCCCAGCACCCGGCCUGCGGCUCAGGACCCGGAGACCUGGAAGAGGAGCUGCGAUCCCGACUCAGUCAGCUGGUCAAACGUGCCAACAGCAAAGACGACAGCUCGGCUGGAGAGGAGUGGCCCACAGACAGAGACAGUGACAGACAAAGAGAGAAGAAGAGGCUGAAAGACGCAGACAGGGAACGGCAGAGGGCGAGUGAGAGAUUGAGAGAGAAACCGAGUGAAACGGUGGAACAGGUGAACGGACAAGAGAUGAAAAGGAGUGAGAGACUUAAAAAGAGUCCCUCGGUGAGAGAGGAAGGAAGAGUGAGGGAGAGCAGGUUGGAGAAGGGAGUGGAGAGUUUGGAGGAGAAAGUAGACCACCAGGAACAAACGAGAGGAGACAAAAGAGAAGCAAACAGACAAAGUAAGAAGCAACAAAAGAGAGAUGUGGAGAAGGAGGCCGCACAGAAAGGAGGAGGCGGAAGGAGGAGUGGGUCGAGUGCAAGUUCACCUGCUGUUACCCCUUCUUCCCAGGAGGGGGCGCUGUCAGACAACCAGGAGGGACAGAACGACUCGGAGCAACAGCAGAGGCUCCAGUUGCUCUCCUCUCUCUUACAGCAGAAGUACUCGGCGGCGUCUCUCUGCAGCAUCACCACAGAGGUGCUGAAGGUUUUGAACGCCACAGAGGAGCUGAUUGGUGAGGCGGGAGGUGAGAGCCACACCCCGUCCGAGUCCAUGAGUGCUUCUCCGAUCUCCAACUGCUCCGAUACCCGGCGGCUGGACCAGAGGCUGACCAAGAUGGAGGAAAAUGUGUACCUCGCUGCUGGUGCUGUGUAUGGCCUAGAGGGGGCGCUAGGGGACCUAGAGCAGUGUGCCCGCAGUAUUAGCAGUGAUACCACAGACACAGAUCUGGCUUUCCUUGAAGACCAGGUCGCCACUGCAGCCGCUCAGGUCCAGCACUCUGAAAUACAGAUCUCAAACAUUGAGGCGAGAAUAUCAGCCCUGAAAACAGCUGGUAUGAAUGUGACCGUCUGCAAUCGCUUCUCCAAGUACAAGCCACCACAGGCGAAGCCUCAAACUCUGGAUACAUCACGCCAUCAAAGACGGAAGCUUCCAGCGCCACCUCUGAAAGUUGGAGCCAGAGCAACAGGUGAAAGUGUUUCAGCCAUAGUGACUGUCGGCAGCACAACAAGUCCCUCUGGGCCAACUCAGAGCCCCAGUGACGGGGGCCCUUCUCAUCCAGUGCCUUGACCCAGCGUCCGCCUCCAGCUCAGAGCCAAGCCGGGACCAACACCUGUCCUGUGUGACCCCACCAAGCACUCAGCCCAAAGCCAGGCACUGUACCGCGUCAAUGGAGACACUUCGCAGGAGACGCGACUGGCUCUUUCCCCUUUUUCCAUGUUCUCCUCAUGGCCGCCAACGUAGAGCGUCGUCAAGCAAGGUUUGACUCAACAGUCAGUCUCUCUGCCUUAAAAUCCGCAAACACUCCUCGUGACCCAACUCCAAAAGAAUAUCUGUACAGGCAAAGAAAAAAAGAAAACAUGUCCUUCUAUCUGUUUGCAAGAGUAUUGUGAUUUAAUGUGAAAUGAAGAUGUGGCGAAAUCUUUCAAAGACUUUCUGUGAUUCAACGUCUGAAGAAGAGGCGGAGCCGUGUUUAACACUGCAGCUUCUCUCACCAAAUGGAAGGAAUUUUUUUAUUGUAUUAUUUAAAAGCUAAUUUUGGAUGAUUGUCAGUUUAUACACACACACAACCAGUAAUUAUAAUCAUUGUUAUACAUUUGGCUUUUUACAAAUAAAUGAAGUUCCCAGAAAAGUGUUUAUAAUUUAUGAAGUAUAUGAAUGGUGCAUCUAAUUUAAAUGCUUAUUUCUUGUAGAGAGAUAAAUAAAAGGUUUGAUACCUCUCUGUUUGUAUGCUAAAUGUAAUGAAAACACAGUAGAGCCAGGUGCUGGUUAGUUGGCUUGGGCGUCUUAAACAUGGGGAAAGGCUGUUUCUGACAAAAAAAAAACUGCCUUCUACCAGGUUGAAAACUCAAUAUUUUGAGUAGCACUAACUGUUGUGAACCAGAGACUGUAUAUGAAGACGGACAAUGUUUCACUUCCUCCCACUAUCCAGAAAUUAAGCCAAAACAUCUCUAUGAAUGUUUCCAUCUUGCACAUUUGGAGCCAGAAUCUGCGCUGUAGCAAUAGGACGAGGCCACAGUAGUGAGAUUCCAAAAGUACACGUACUCGACUAAUCGUGAGUACUUUAAUACUGUACAAAAAGGCUGAUACAUACUUAUAAACUCACCGGUUUCUGGUGUUAGCUUCAUAUUUAGCAUAUAGACGUGAAAGGUUUUGGACUUUUUCAUGUAACUCACAAACAUUUCCUAAAAUAAAUAUGAACUGCAAUAAUAUUUUUGGAAAGUGCUCUCCCAUUGAAUUCCAAAUAGAAGUAUUAGUAAGACACAUACAGUAUACACAACAUAACCCUCCACAGGUCUGACAGUCAGGUUGGAGUAUUUCUGAUUUCCUCAGUGCAGUAUUCUUCAACCCAAAGUCAUUUUCUUCUAUCUUCUUUUUACUUUUAAACAUUGUGGCCUUUUUGUUUGAUCAUCAUGUUUUCCCUUUGCUGGGUCAUAUCCAAACUUGUGUUGCAUUCAGCAAAAUACUGUAAAGAUUUUUACAUAAUGAGGCCUGUUGGGCUUUACGACAAAUGCCAUGAAACCAUGAUUUUGUUACAAACAAUUUAUUUUUGUACUUAGUGAACGUUUUUAUGCAAUACCGCUGAAAUAAGUACUAUUGCAAAUUAAAGGCUUUAUUCUCUCCUCAAAGGAGCCCUCCUCAGUCAGUCCCAUCAUGCGUGGUGACUCAAAGUGCUUUCAGUGUGUGUCUGCAUUUACCAUUUGAUAUUCUGCCAGUAAUGACAAUGGUAAAUGCUGCAAAAGCACAGGCAGCAAUAGUCAUUUUAGGAGCGGCGAGUACGGUUCAUACUGUGUUUGUACCUCUUAAACACUAGAUUUGAGAAUACUGCCUUACGUUUUUGAGGUUGUUUUGCUUUUACUCCUUCACCACUUACAUUAGUUAGAAUAUCAGUUAGCCAUGCACAUAGUUGUCAAGGUUUUUACUUUGGCAAACAGCUUAAGCGCAUGGUUGGUUCACCUGCUGGGCUGCUUGAACUUAAAGGUCUGAUGCGCUCCUGUAUGAAUGCUCUGCCCUGUCUAUUAUUGACCUUUUCAUUCCAGUUCUUUCAAAUCUCUGGUUUUUGCACAUUGAUCCUGUACUUUUGUAAACAUUGUUCUCCAGAGGUGUCGGUGUAAAAUUAAGAAAGCAUGUUUCUGGAUUUAUCAAAUGGAUGUAAAAUUCCCCAUGAUAAGCACAGCCACAAGGGUCCAAUCAUCAGUUACUUGUAUUUUUCUAAUGUAAAAAAAAUAAAUAAUAGUACUUCAUGAGAGUUUAAUAUAUGUAUAUGUGUGAAAAGAUGGAUGUGAUAUAGACUGUGUGUAUUGAUCAAUCUUUUGGUGUUCUGCGCAAGGGACUGCUGCGUAUACAUGUCACGACUGGAUUCACACAGAGAGAUAUAUACUUUUGUUCCUGUUUAAUCCGGUUUGAAAGACUAUGAAGAGGUUCACUGUGCACAGCUCCACUUUUACGUGCAAUCGUUUGUUGCAAUCCAUAUGCCAUGUCGGGGAAACUAUUAAUGUGCAAAAAAAUACAGAUUCUCUAUGUGCCACAGUACUGAGAAAAAAAAUGUAUAUGAAAUGAAUAAAAUUUGAAAACUUAAAGCAUC